UUGAAACUAACGCAACCAAAACUUAGUUCAGCACACAAUUUGGACACUUAGUUUACCAAAAUUUCGGUGAUAUAUUUAAUUCGUAGAUACAAUUCAGCUAAAAAAUGUUCAAAAUUCGUAAUUUCGCGCUGUUGAAAUUGAGUGAAGGCCUUUUCGGCCCACGACUAAUGUCCAAAUCGUCGAAAGAUUCGGGCAAGGAUACUUGCAAGGGUGGCGACUCCAAAAAGGAGAAAGACAAGAAGAAGAAGGAUCUUUGUGGCAGAACUAUUGUUCCCACUUCACCACGUUGCAAAAACAAGCCCGGCGGCUCAGACAAGUCCAAAUCAUCCAAGGAUGAUUGCAAGAAAAAAUAACAGAGCUCGAAUUAUGAUUUCAAUUCAAUUCAAGCAGCUUACACAAUCACAGC